ACAAUUGUUAUACUGCCCAAGAUGCUUAUUAACCUGCUUUCUUUACUCAGGACACUUUCUUUUGUGAGUUGUGCCACCCAGAUGUUCUUCUUCCUUGGUUUUGCUGUCACUAAUUGCCUGCUUCUGGGAGUGAUGGGUUAUGAUCGUUAUGCUGCCAUCUGCCAGCCUUUGCAUUACCUCAUUCUCAUGAGCUGGAGAGUAUGUGGACAACUGGUAGCAACUUGCAUUGUUAGUGGCUUCUUAAUAUCUCUGGUGGGAACAACUUUGGUCUUUAGCCUCCCAUUCUGUGGCUCUAACAAAGUCAACCACUACUUUUGUGAUAUUUCCCCAGUCAUCCAUCUCACCUGUGCUGAAAGUUACAUCAAUGAACUGGUCAUCUUCAUCUGUGGGGUCUUGGUGCUUGUCGUGCCCUUGAUCUUCAUCUGCAUUUCAUACGGUUUCAUUGUCCACACCAUCCUAAAGAUCCCAUCCUCUGAAGGCAAGAAAAAAGCCUUCUCCACCUGUGCUUCCCAUCUCAUUGUGGUCAUUGUCCAUUAUGGCUGUGCUUCUUUUGUCUACCUGCGACCCUCAGCCAAAUAUACAUCAGGCAAAGACAGGCUGGUGACAGUGACUUAUACUAUCAUCACCCCACUAUUGAACCCCAUGGUGUAUAGUCUAAGGAACAAAGAUGUACAGCUGGCCAUUAGGAAAAUGAUUGGGAAGACUGGGUUUCCUCUUCAGAUUUUAUAA